AAGCAGGAGCAGUUAAUGUUGAUUUGAAUAUAGAACUUAACAUUUAAAAUCAAAGAAUGUGUUGAUAUUUCGGACAGUUGAUAAAAAGACUCAAUAAUCUAUUUUUGUUUAUUUCCUUGUUCUAAGUAUAGACUGGAUUUUACUUGUUCUAAAGUAGAUCCCACGCCGACAGAUAAAAACAGGGUACCCUAUUUUGAGGCAAAAUAACUAUAUUAGUGUUUAAAAUUCAACCUUUUUCUCAACAAUUGGUCGUAGAUAGGAUACCAAUAAACCUCCUCCAUAUUUUGUCAGAGUUUUAAACCACCAACAUUAGUCUGCAGGAUUUACGGAGACAGCCCAGCGUCGAGUUGAACGAGACUAUAUUGAACUCUGGCGUAGGAAUACAUACGACUACAAAAAAUAUUUAAAUUCAAUGGAUGAACGUACACACCUACCAGAAAAUCAACAGCAACUAAUAGACAGCAUCAAAAAAUGUAUGCAGGAUGGAAUAAUACCAAUUAUGCAACCUGGGACACAAGUGAGAGGUCACAGUUUGCUAGACGCAGACGGGUUAAAAGGAAAACAAGUGGCAUUAAUAAAUAUUGAAAACAUCCAGGAGUUACCUUUUCCUGGAGAUGUGCCGAUUCGUAAAGCUAUCAGGAUGUCUGAAUCCCUUGAUCUAAUAAUCAAACAGCUUCAGAAUAGAGUUGGAAGCAAGCCUGAAUUCUUUGCGGAGCAUUUUCAAAACUGGGCGGAAAAUCAGACAAGCAGUGUUAUUUCUUGUUCUCCGAAAACCAAAGAAGAAAUGUCAAAAGUUAUUAAGGCAGCUGCAGCAGAAAAAGUUGUCAUCCGGUGUGCCGGUGCUCGCCAUAGUUGGGCGCCUGUGUUCGCUGAUACCCGUCAAAUUUGUGUCAACACUAAACACAUGAAGAGCGACUACCCAAACAAAUCAAACAUCAGAGCAGACUUGGAUAAGAGAACAGUGGAUGUUAUGACUGGUGUAACUACUGGUGAUCUCAAAACAUUCCAACUUAAGCAAAAGCUUAGCCUCAACGCUAACGUCAUUUUGGAUUUAGUCCAAGUAGUAAGCGUUGCCCAGACUGGCUGCCAUGGCGUGGGCAAAGACGUACAUUGUGUCAGUGACAACUUGGUAAGGAUGAGAGUUUUUGACGCAAAUGGUGAACUACGGACCUACAGUGCAGAUGGAGAUGGUGGUGAUGUUGAACUCUUUAGGGCAGUUUCAGCUGGUUUUGGUUGUUUUGGCGUAGUCUAUGACGUUACAAUUCAGAUGGACCCUGAGGUAAUCGUCAAAACGGGAACCUCAUAUCCUAGUAUGCACGACGUUUUUUAUUCGAAAGACAAACUGCAGGAAAUCAUCGAAAACAAUUGGGCUGUUGAAAUAUUUUGGUUCCCAUUUAAUUCUUUGCCUUUUGAUCUUUCCAACGAUGAACUGUGGGUGAGAACUUUUAACAAAGUUCGCACACAAGAAACUGAAAAAGUUGUAAGCCACUGGUUUUAUAAAAUCAAAAAUGCUUACGACUUCAUAUCGCAGGAAACUUUGCGAACCGUCAGCCCAUUCAUCAGAGCCGGUGAUUGGUGUGCCCCCUUCAUUCAAUGGGUUUCCUUCCAUACCCUCAAACAUAUCUUAUACCCAAGAGGAGAGAUAUAUGAGGAACUUCCAAAUGCUAUUCAUUUCAGAAACCAUUUAGACGACGCAAAGGUAUAUGACAUGGAGUUUGUGUUCGAUUACGAGGGUGAUUAUAGUCGAUUAAAGAAAAUCAUACAAGUCGUGGUUAAACAAGUGAAACAAUUUGGGGCGAAAAAACAAUAUCCUUUGAACGUUUCGCUCGAAAUGCGGUUCAUGACGUAUAGUGAUGCCUACCUUGGAACUGGAAGCAUUGCUAACCCACGAUAUGGAGGUUCUGGACACGUGGUCUGUAUUGAGAUAUUGAGUUUGAAAGGAACUGAGUAUUGGGAAGAAUUCAGCGCAUCAGUCGGAAAAGAAUGGAUGGCAUUGGGAGGGGUUCCACAUUUGGCCAAACAAUAUGACCAUCUCCCAGGCAUUUUUGAUGAUAUACGACAAAAAAUGGCACCGCAGAUUAAGGCAUUCAAGGACAACCUGGAUAAAUCUGGAGUGGAUUCAUCACUGUAUAUGAACACUGGGAUGCGAAAACUUCUUGGGUACGAAUAAGACGUCUUUAUAAUCAAAGUUGACACUAGAUGUAUCAUUUAAGUAUUUGUAUUAUAGAGAUGUUAAUAUAUCAUUACAAUUUUAUUGGAUACAACUGUUAGAUUCAUAGGUUGUUAUAGUAGUGAGUGCUUGUUUCUGUUUGACCUCGCAUGUUCAAAUCUAAAAAUAUCAAAAGUACAGCAUAGCGUUAUUUAUUUGCCGUUUUAAUCUUUAAUAUCUUUACUACUCACAUUAAUGAGUUUAUUUGUCAGUAAUUAUUAUUUUUUUCACGUGCUUUUGACAUCAAUUUGUUGCCAUUGGCUUGCUUUUAAUUUUUAGUUUUUUGGUGUAUUGGUUUGUUUUUAUUUUGUAUUGCGAUUAUGAGGUUUGACAAUUUCUUUGCAUUUAUCAAAAAUAAUAUUUGUCCUACUCUAGCGUUUCAUCACACUUUAAUAAUGUUAAAGUGAAAAAUCAAAUAUGUUUUCUUCUCUCUCUCUCUCUCUCUCUCUCUCUCUCUCUCUCUCUCUCUCUCUCUCUCUCUCUCUCUUUGAUGAAAGUUUAAAUUGUAAAUGCUUUCAAAAGGUUAAGAAAUAGAAACGAUUGAAGGAAUUUUGGCUUGCGAUUCAUCUCAAUUUUUCAGAUAAGUAUAAGCCUUAUUUGGCUCUUGUUAUUCAUUGUGUCAGGAAACCUUCAGGUAUACAUGAUAUACUCGUCGAAAAAUAUUGCACAUACACCUCAGACAUACAGCUACAGUGUGCUUCUUUGAAAUUGUAUUCUCGCUUUUUUGGUGAAGGUACGUGCUUUAAUAUACAUUAUGUAUUACGAGUGUUUGAUAUGUUAAAUUAUGAAAUAUUGAGGCAAAUUGUGAAUCUAGGAAGGUGUUAUGCAAGCAUAAUUAUUUCAUAAGAAACAUGGAAUACUAGAAGCCAAGAGCAGUUUUACGGAAGGUGGAUAGUCAACAAAUUAACCAUUAGGUCUGCAUAAUUUUAAGAUAUGUUUUGUUUAGCUAUAAACUAGUACUUAAUAAGAAAAAAAAAUCUAUAUAUUUUAACUUUUGGGUAUUCUCCUAUAUAUCCGUAUGGAGCUCUUCUUCUAAAGAAAAUCAAUACAGUCUGAAAAUGGUCCCGAACAUUAAGCCCUCUU